UAUUCGCCUUCGACUAUAUUCUAUAAUUUAAAUUUUAUUUUUCUAAUUCUCGUCUCAGUUUAUAUAUCAAUGGCGAGAAUUAAUGUUUAUCUUUUUGCAAUUAUCUUGCUUUUGAUUAUCAAUAUUGGUUCCAUUGAAGGCCGAACACUCACCAUGUCCACCGUAAAGACGGCUGGGGAACUCGGAGCUGAUGGUACUGCGCUGCCAUCGUCACCGGCUGAGCAACUUGAGUCACCACCGAGCCACGGGGUUGAUACCUUCAGACCCACGGCACCUGGACAUAGCCCUGGUAUUGGACAUUCCGUACACAAUUAACGAAGAGGAACAUGGUUUAUGUGACUACACAUAUUAAUGUGCUUUUAUUUUUAAU